AAAAUGGCUGUUUGUGGCGUCUUGCUCAAUUAGACAUUCUUAUAGCAUUUACAGCUCGAAUUUAAUUUAUUUUUAGUAUUGUAUAAGUUUGCGUCAUAAUAUUAUUUUUUUAUAAUUUAAAAUAUUAUUUCAAACAGUGUAUUACAUAUACUUUGAGUGAUGUUUUAGCGUGUCUUAUAUGUGUAGAAGUUCUAAUAUUUUCUAGCUCUAUCGCAUCACGGUAUGUUUAUUGACCGCGAAAUUGUAAGUUUUUUGAAUCCUGUUAUCGAGUUCCUAAUGUAAAUAAACUAUUAACAAUGGAAGAACUUAAAGUGUGCAGAAUAUGCCUUGUGAUGGAUGUUAAAAUGCACGAUCUUUGUUCGCACCCCCUUGAUGUUUAUUAUGAAAAUGUUAUUGGUGGCAACGUAUUGAAGAUGGUACAACUAAGGGGAUAUGCAUGUUAUAUGUGUGCACCGAUGCUGAGAAAAUUUCAUUUCUUCAGAGAGAAAUGUCUAAAAGGACAAACAGAACUCUAUGGUUUACUGAACUCCUUUGGAAAGAUUUCCAGAGACGGCAUUAUACAUUUACAUAAACAAAAUCAAAGUUCUGCCUAUUUAGAAAAUAUAAAAUUAUACAACAUAGUCAUCGACACUAACGAAGAGGAUGGCGGAAUGAAAAUAGAACCAACGGAAAUAUAUCAAAGUAGAAUAUAUAAUGUGGAGAGGGGUAUGAGGGAAAAUGACAAUGAGAGGUUUAAGCAAGAAGUGACACAUCAAGAGAGGAUCUCGUUUAAUAUUAUCGAAGAUAUUAAGCAAGAAGAAGAAUUUUAUGACUAUAACGGAAUAUCAAGUGACGAUGACGAACCAUUGUCCGUUCAUAAAGAAAAGAAAGAAGACGGAAAGAACAGAAUUAGAAGUAAAACAGAUGAUAAAAUAGAAAUAGAAGCGGAUGCUGAAGCAAACGCUAAUACAGUUCUGCAUGAAUUAUGUGGUAUUAUGACUAAGAAGAAGAGGGGAAGGCCUAAGAAGGGGGAGGUUAGGAAGAAGAUCAUUAAGAGAAGUAAACAUAGUCAACACAUAGCGCUGUUGGACAACGAUGGGCUCGAUGUAGAAGACUAUUGCAAUAUAAUAACACUCACCGAGGAGGAACAGAGGGAGGAGGUGAUCCAGCGCCAGCAGUCUCUCAACUAUAUGAACUCUGUGUACAAAUGUAAUCUGUGCUACAAAGGAUUCGUCGACACUCACGCCUGGAAACACCACGUCGCUAAACACGAACCGAGCGCCGGCGAUCUGGAGUGUAGCAUAUGCAAGAUGAGAUUCAAAACUUUGAGGAUUUUGAAGAAACACGCCGGGAACCACGGCAAGAGGUUCUCGUGUAAAUCGUGUUCCUACGUGUCGAAAAACACAACUCAAGCAAAACAGCAUCAACAGUGGCACAAGGGCGUGACAUACAAGUGCCAGCACUGUGAAGAAAUUUUCUCUAAGUGGACGUCGUAUCUGAGCCACGUCCGCAUGAAGCAUCCCUCUGAACACAUCUGCGGAGCGUGCGGGUAUUCCUUCGUGUCGCGGCUGGGACUUAACAUGCACAGGACUAUGAUGCACAAGGAUCUGCUGGAGCAGGAUGGUGUUGGCGAGGAUAGCAAAGACUCGCCGUACUGCGGACAGUGUGACGUGAAGUUCAUUACCCUGGAGGCGUACAAGAGGCAUAUGGUGACGUCGGUCAAACACACGCAGAGCACCGACUUCGGUAACGGCUGUCGUGAAUGCGGCGAGACGUUCCCUGACGCGGAGGCGCUCCGAGUACACCACAGACACAAGCACGCGCGGCGGCGGCCCAGGAACUACGGCAAGAGACCCGCCGACCACACCUGGCCCGCCACCUGCGAACAUUGUGCGGAGGUGAUCCGCAGCGCCCGCGAGUACUGGUCACACUUCAGGCGAGUGCAUCCCGACAAAACGUAUCCCACGCAGAAGGACUUUGUCUGUGACGUGUGCGGGAAGAGCUUCCGGAGCAACGCCUUCCUGAACUAUCACAAGCGGACUCACUCGUCGGAGCGCUCGUACAAGUGCAGCCAAUGUCCGAAGGCGUUCCACAACAGGAACAAUCUGCAGAUGCACCAACGCACACACUCCGACGAGCGACCCUACCCUUGCGCGUUGUGCGACAAAGCCUUCAAAUGCAAGAGCGCUCUGGACAGGCACUUCCGGAGUCACAGCGGUGAGAAGCCGUACGUGUGCCAGGUGUGCGGGAAGGCGUUCGCUCAGUCCAACAGUCGCAAGCUGCACGUGAGGACGGUCCACCUGAAGCAGUCGGCGCCGUACGUGUCGCGGGCGAGGCUCGAGAGGAGGACCCGGGCGACCAAGGAGCACGCACCGGCCUCGCACUUUCUCUACUGAGACGCCCGAGACAUACUCAGAGCGUCACUUACUCUAUCGAGUCUCAGUAAAGAUCACCCCAGACAUACUCAGAUCGCCUCUACUAUACUCGGUUUCACUAAAAAUCACUUGAGGCCUUUUCAGAGCCUCACUUACGAUUCUGUAUCUCAGAAGGGAUCACCUGAGAUACACUGAGACAACCACUCACUCUUCUGAGUCUCAGUAAGGAUACCCUGACUCGUGUUCAGGGCGUGUACUUAUUCUGGUUAUGCAUAUUCAGGGAGCGCACUUGCGCCACUGAGUUCCUACACACUAUACAGGAAUUUAGUAUAGUAAGUGUAUACAAGUAUUGAGUUGUUCAUAUUGGACAACUUACACUAAGGAUAUAGUAUAGUAGAGAGGCGGCGGGAACUAUGUGCGAUUUUAAAUAAGGCUUUAAACAUUUGUAUGUACAUGCGGUUGGAAUAUUUUUUUCUAAAUGCAAUAAACUUAUAUAAGACCAGAUGUGCUUUUUAUGCAACGAUAUCCGAGACGUGUGUAUUAAACAAUCAAAUGUG